CUUCGACCUGUCAGUAAGGGAGGGACAGUCCAGGCAGUUCUGUGCGUGUUCAUUGUUUAGUAGUACUCAAAGCUGCCAGUGUGAGAGGAUUUGGAAAUCACGGGAUCUGCUCAAUACGAAAAUGUUUUUUCGAGUCUUUCUCCAUUUUAUCAGGAGUCUUUCUGCCACUGCAGUGGAUUUCCUUCCUGUGAUGGUGCACCGGCUCCCAGUUUUCAAAAGGUACAUGGGAAAUACUCAUCAGAAAAAAGCCAUCUUUGGGCAGUGUCGGGGUCUGCCGUGUGUUGCACCGCUACUGACCACAGUGGAAGAGGCUCCACGGGGCAUCUCUGCUCGAAUCUGGGGACAUUUUCCUAAGUGGCUCAAUGGCUCUCUUCUGCGAAUUGGACCUGGGAAAUUCGAGUUUGGGAAGGAUAAGUACAAUCAUUGGUUUGAUGGGAUGGCACUGCUUCACCAGUUCAGGAUGGCAAAGGGCACAGUGACAUACAGGAGCAAGUUUCUACAGAGUGAUACAUAUAAGGCCAACAGUGCUAAAAACCGAAUUGUGAUGUCAGAAUUCGGCACACUGGCUCUCCCGGAUCCAUGCAAGAAUGUUUUUGAACGUUUCAUGUCCAGGUUUGAGCUGCCUGGUAAAGCUGCAGCCAUGACUGACAACACUAAUGUCAACUAUGUGCGGUACAAGGGUGAUUACUACCUCUGCACUGAGACCAACUUUAUGAAUAAAGUCGACAUUGAUACUCUGGAAAAGACAGAAAAGGUAGAUUGGAGCAAAUUUAUUGCUGUGAAUGGAGCAACUGCACAUCCUCAUUACGACCCGGAUGGAACAGCAUACAAUAUGGGGAACUCCUUUGGGCCAUUUGGUUUCUCCUAUAAGGUUAUUCGGGUUCCUCCGGAGAAGGUGGACCUUGAGGAGACAAUCCAUGGAGCCCAGGUGAUAUGUUCUAUUGCUCCUACAGAGAAGGGGAAACCUUCUUACUACCAUAGCUUUGGAAUGACAAGGAACUAUAUUAUUUUCAUUGAACAACCUCUAAAGAUGAACCUGUGGAAAAUUGCCACUUCCAAAAUUCGAGGAAAGGCCUUUUUAGAUGGGAUAAGCUGGGAACCCCAGUGUAAUACGCGGUUUCAUGUGGUGGAUAAACACACUGGACAGCUUCUUCCAGGGAGAUACUACAGCAAACCUUUUCUUGCAUUUCAUCAAAUCAAUGCCUUUGAGGACCAGGGCUGUGUUAUAAUUGAUUUGUGCUGUCAAGAUAAUGGAAGAAUCCUAGAAGUUUACCAGUUACAGAAUCUCAGGAAGGCUGGGGAAGGGCUUGAUCAGGUCUAUAAUUCAGCAGGCAGAUCUUUCCCUCGAAGGUUUGUUUUGCCUUUAAAUGUCAGUUUGAAUGCCACUGAGGGAGACAACCUGAGUCCAUUGUCCUAUACUUCAGCCAGUGCUGUGAAACAGGCUGAUGGAACGAUCUGGUGCUGUCAUGAAAAUCUACAUCAGGAGGACCUAGAAAAGGAAGGAGGCAUUGAAUUUCCUCAGAUCUACUAUGGUCAAUUCAGUGGCAAAAAGUAUCGUUUCUUCUAUGGCUGUGGCUUUCGGCAUUUGGUGGGGGAUUCUCUGAUCAAGGUUGAUGUGGUGAAUAAGACACUGAAGGUUUGGAGAGAAGAUGGCUUUUAUCCCUCAGAACCUGUUUUUGUUCCAGUACCAGGAACCAGUGAAGAAGAUGGUGGGGUUAUUCUUUCUGUGGUGAUCACUCCCAACCAGAAUGAAAGUAAUUUUCUCCUAGUUUUGGAUGCCAAGAACUUUGAAGAGUUGGGCCGAGCAGAGGUACCUGUGCAGAUGCCUUAUGGAUUCCAUGGUACCUUCAUACCCAUCUGAUGGGACAACCACAAGUCUGCCUGUCACCAUUGGUCCUAAGAUACUCAGAAGACAGGAAGCUGGCUAUUUCCUGCAUGGAGGCUUCUUCUAAACUGUUUUUUUCUCUGCUGUCCACAGCAGGUGCUACUGCAAUUGCACCCACUACCCCCACCCCACCCUCAGCUCUGCUUUGGGAGGUUAUUUUGAGGAACAUCAUUAAAAUCAGGCAUUUCUUCUAAUCUCUAGGUGUAUAGUUCUCAGGGAUUGUUGACAAGCCAGUAGUUCUUCAUUUAAUUGGACAACAGGUGGCACUAGAGACCAUAUAAUCUCCACAUUUCUAAACCCUGCCUGUUCUUACCAACAGCUGUAAGCACGCAAGGUCUGUCACUUAAACCACACUCUUGCCAACACCCCCAAAAUCCCUUGUUCCCUUUUCCUUCAGUUACAUUCCCUUCCCUCUGCUGAACCCAAUACCAGGACCAGUUAAACUGUUUAUGCUCCUUCUGCAUGGUGAAUGCUCUGGAGAAGACCCCCAGACAUACAAUAUGGGGCACCUUUGAACUCAUGGUUAGGCUCUCAGCACGGUCCUGAGCUAACAUAGUUUCCUGUCUAAUUUUCCUUAAGAGUCACUUCAAACUUCACAGACCCUUUCUUCUUUAGUAAUGUGUUCCAUACAUGCAAAUGCCAUGUGUGGGGUUUUGCACUGUGGCAAUAAAGUAAAAGGGCUGAGUUCCAUGUCUGGGUUUGUGAGAUGCAGAACAUAGUAGCAGGUUUAGAAUGGCAAGAAGAUGCCUAAACAGAAGGAAUACAGCAGAUGCAGGAGCAAAGAGCCUCAGGUAACUGACAGUGUAAGUCCCCCACUGUUUCCUUUCACACAAGUCCCUGAAAAGGCAUUCAUUGUACUUCCUCAGACAAAACAUGGAGAUUUGAUUGAUCUUCCUAGAUCUGAAGGGUGAAGGAGACUCUGGAUGACCUCUGGCAAGUCCAUAGAUCUGUCACAUCUUUCCUCUGUUUAUAAAUAUCUGUCUUAAUACACAGGGAAUGAAGUGCAGACAUGAAGGAUAGCAGUAUAAUCAUAAGAUUUUGACGUAAGGAUACCUGAAUUCUGCCUUGGCUCUGCUCUGUUUCCUGAAGAAGAAGACAAAAAAGGAUCAGUGGCAUGUUAUAAUCUAGGCACAUAUGCCGGUAAUCCAAGGGAGAAAGUUCUGGUAAAAUUAGGUGAGCAUAUGACCAAGACCCAAAGCAUAGGCUGGGCCUCUUCUUCUCCCUAAGCCCAACUCUUACCACUAGCCAGUGUCCGAGGAUUCAAGGAAAGGGAGUAAGUGGUGCACAAUUGAGGGGAAAAGGAAGAGGCAAAUGGGCAGGUUGGGUCCUCCACAGGAGGCAAGCAGUAGAAAAACAUAUGAACCAGCCAGCUCGGCCACCUUGGGGCAGGGUGGGAG